UGCCUGUAGUACCAGACUUAUAUACUGCGAAUACAUAUGCAGCUCAGACGUAUACCGUAUGCACAUUUUAUGGAAAGUAUUUAUUUAGUUACACAAAGUAUAAUGUGUAUAAAUCAUUAGUUAAGGGUUGUCCGCUCAAGAUGGUUACGCAGGACGAUUAUUUUGGUCAACACAACUGUGUUUGUUAAAGUGAUUAAGUGCCUAACAGUGCUGUUACAAAUACAGUAACGCACUGUGCCGUAUAUAUAAAUGACUAAGUAAUUUGACACGAUAAUCUUGAACAUACGACUACAACAACAACAACGUAUGUUGCCGUCCAGCAUCAGCUACGUAUUUGAAAAUUGCCCCGAGGCGAGGAGAAGCAGUGUCCUGUGGGAGAUGUCUGGAGAACAUCUUCCACCCCACGGGUGGACUCGUCAUGGAGGACGUGGACAAGGGAGAGGUCACGGUGGACGAAGACAUCACAGCACUCACUCCGAGAACCCUGACGUCCGCUUAUCGAAGACUCUGUCCUACGCUCUGCGGCACGGGGCACAUCGACUGGGCCUUCACAUGGGCAGCGAUGGAUUUGUGGACGUGCAGGAGUUGCUGGCCCAGCGUAGCCUGGCUGGGUGCGAGGAGGCGGAUGUGAGGAGAGUCGUGGAGUCCAACGACAAGCAGAGGUUCGCUCUGCGCGCCCACCCAACUACGGGCAGCCUGCAGAUCCGCGCCAACCAAGGCCACUCGCUACAGGUGGAGGAGCUGGAGCUGCAGCCCAUCGCGCUGCACGUCUCGGCCUUGCCCGAGUGCGUGGUGCACGGCACCUUCGCGCGCCACUGGCCGUCCAUCAUCCGCGAUGGGCUCAGCCGCAGGGGACGCGCGCACAUACACAUGGCGCCGGGAGAACCGGGAGCGGAGGGCGUCAUCAGCGGAAUGCGAGGGAACUGUGAAAUCGCAAUUUAUAUUGACAUUGAAAAAGCUUUGCAAGAUGGGAUCCCAUUUUACCUGUCGGCCAAUGGGGUGAUCCUGAGCUCUGGAAACACGCAAGGGGUACUACCCCGACAGUACUUCCAGCGAGUGAUGCAGCUCCAGCCCGAGCGAAAGCAAUUACCGUUGGAGGGUGACACGCCCAGUUGAGCCUGUGGCCGACACUUCCUUCCCCAGGGUCAUCAAGAUCCCUACCUGGACCUGACAUGGAAGAUUCAAAUGUCUUACCGUUGGUAUCCCGAGGGAAAGGCCCACUGAGGUUGCAAAGCUCUUUGUCAAUGGUGAUACCCGUGGAAGAGAUGGGUACAAGAUUUGCACGGCAGACAUUGAAUGAUUAAAAAGAGCAGCGGUAUUGAGGCAGUGGGCCUGCUCCACAUCUUUCUGCCCCCAGCUUUUCGUAACUGGUUUAGUUCACGUCGACGGUGUGACGGGCCCACGUAUUGCUUCAAUAAAAAAGCUGCAUUAUAAUAACAUUUCAUGCAACCCAAACUAUGGGCCGUACGGUAAACCACUCGAGUAUGCGUACCUUCAAUGGAGGAAUAGCAAAACUACACCACUGCCCUCCUUGCUAGCAGACCUCGAUAUUGGCAUUUAGCUGCCGAACAUAUUGCCAUCAUACGCAAGAAUAUAAUACGAAACACAUUUUGUGCAUACACCUUGUACAGUACUACAUUACCAAACUGUGUAUCGUUGAGAUGUCAACUUGCACACUUGAGCACACAUUCACAGAAAUCACAGACCACCCAAGCCUGAGAACGUUGAUAGUUUAGUGCACUUUGUGUAUUGUCGAGUAGAAAUAACAUCUGCCGACUUUAGCUGUUAAGUCCAAGCUAUUUAUUCAAUCCCAAUUAUCUCAAUUGUUGAACUUCCAAUGAGUUGACUUUAUUUUAACCGGGUGAGAGACCAUUGAAAGAGACUAAGUUCUAUUUUGCAAAAUCAUCCCCCGAAUAGAAAGUAAUAAAAAUUGGCAUUGCAACGACUUAGUCCUGAAAACCAAAUAAAGACAUAACACACAGUCGUAAGAUCAGAGUAUUGAAUACGUCUAGAAAAAGUUAACUGAAAGUUAAAGAGAUCAGGCACGGUUGGCUUCGUAUGCUGCGAAAUAAGUUCAAGACACAAACAAGUCUCAGAUCAAAGAGGGCGUUGGGAUGGUGCACAUCUUGAGCCGAGAGCCCUGAGCCGUUUGUGGAAGUUCUGCAUUCUUAUGAAUUAAUGUGCUUUACUUUCAUCGCGUGAGGCUGUACAAAAUACAGUAAAACCUUGGAUUGCGAGCAUAACUCGUUCCGGAAACGUGUUGUAAUCCAAAGCACUCGUAUAUCAAAGCGCUCGUAUAUCAGUUGCGAUCACGUGACGCUCGGCAGACAAAGCGUAUAUGCGUACUACUCGUAUUGCAAGACCUCGUUUAUCAAAUUAAUAUUUAUUUAAAAAUUUUGCUCGUCUUGCAAAACACUCGCAGACCAAGUUACUCGCAAUCCAAGGUUUUACUGUAAAUACUUUGACCGGUGAGUGUCACUUUUAUUUUACUUUCGAUUUUGCCCAUAAAUCCCUUGUGAUGCAUUUGUUCGUGCACGCGCAUGUGCGGUACACGUGUCUCGCCACGUGGCGGCGCUAGACGGCCAGUGUUAUUAUUAUUCCCCAACGAAACGGGAACGCAACUUCCAUCACGAUGUUAUUCGGUGACGUUGCGUUGGCAGUGGUGGUGCAAGCAACAAAGAUCUCAACACGUUCGUUGACAAUGGUCCAUUUACCAUAGCGUCGCUAGAAUUGUUUCCCCUUUUGAGGCACUGUAAUUGGCAAAAGUUCUGAGCUUUUCGUUGCUUCGAUAACCUCCUUGUGAACAUAUGCAUGCUGUACAUGAAACAUCGACAACUGGCAAUAAUGAGAAACUUGGCCUCUUUGUUAUGUAAAAGUCCCUACCAGAUGGCUGCGAGGAACUCUGUAUUCAAAGAGGGUUCACGCUUUGUCAUUUAAAAGUUCUUGGCAGCUGGCUGUUAGUGGGUCGUUAGAAACUCGUUGAAAUUAUGCCGGUUAUUUCAUCAUUGUGCUAAGAUUCAGAAUCUUGAUUUUGUCCUGGAGAAAUCCGUUGACCUACGAAGCUCUUUUUCACAGAUGUCCAGGUGAACAGUAGUCAGCUCUUUGGCAAUCCAAGGGAAUGAAUAACAACGCCACUGUAGCAUGAUGUUAUAAAGGGGCCCUAAAUAAAAAAAAAUCUACACAAAUAUUAAAACACA